AGAGAGAAACUGCGGCUGACACUGGGGGAGCAGCCACUGCUCCUUGGGAAUGGAGGGGGCAGCUGGACUGAGCUUUCCCCAUGAGAUUUCCUGAAAUAAGCACUAGUCCUGUUUUUGAGUUAGUGAGAUUCCUGCUCUGGCAUCCCCUCCAAAGGAGGAUUUUUUUGGGGGCUCUGCCUUUGCCCCCGCUGUGGGCCAGCAUUUCCUUCCUUGUGGGGAGCCUGGUGCCUGUCCAGGCUGAGUGAGCUCUCCUGUCCCAUGAGAUGCACAGGGAUCCCUGAUCCCUGUCCCCUGCAGUGACACCCACACUGCUCUUAUGCCUCUGGCUUGGAGGUGCUGGUCCCCAUCUCAGCUGUCCCCAGGGACAUAAAUCCAUCCCUGGGGUGAGAAGCAGGACAGGUGUUUGGGGUUAAAUCCUGGACAAUGAGCUUUGGCAGUACCAGUGGUGGUGGCGUGUCACAGGGCUCCUCAAGUGGCGCCUGCGGUUUGGCAGAUAAGCAGCAGCUUGUCCAGCCUUCCCCUUCCUGCCUUCCCCUUCCUGCCUUCCCUCUGCUGCUCCCUCUUGUGACUGGGAUUCUUCCUCCUCCUCACCCCCUGGUGGCUGCAUCCCCGCAGGACUCUGCUCAGGCUGGGGAUGUGGCCGUAGGCUCUGCUGGAGUGUGGAGCUUCACCUGCACAAAGAGGUGUGUUUUCCAGAGGACCUUUGGCUCGCCCCUUGUGCCAGGCCCCAGCCCUGGGAUGCAGCCCGUGGCCCUGCAGAGCCUGUCCGAGCUGGAGAGGGCCAGUCUGCAGGAGCUGGCGCUGUUCCAGCUGCAGGAGAGGCUGCCCGUGGGGCAUCUCAAUCUGGACAGAGAUGGCCCCAGAGGCAUUAAAUCCAUCCGGCAGAAGUUGGAGAGCUUCUCGAAGGACAGGAAAGACUGCUCUGCCCACACCUUCGGGGUGCCGCUCCCCCAGGUCAUCGCCAACGACCGCGCCUGCCGGCAGCUGCAGGAGGCCAUGGGCAGGAGCCGGCGGCUCUGCCUGGAGGUGGAGGCCACGGUGACGAGGUUCCGGGCCCAGAGGCACAAGAGGCUGGGAAUGGGCACCAGCUGUAUCCGGGCACCCGACGGGGGCUGCCCAGAGGAGCUGCUUUCCCCAGCUCUUGUGGAGAAGAGCUCCUGGAGCCAGCGGAGGGGGGCCAUGUCCGUGGAUUCCAUCACGGACCUGAGUGACAACACAUCUGAGCUGCUGGAGGCCCUGCAGCUCUCACACCCCCAUGAGCUGGACCCUCGCAGGAGCCGGGGCAAGAAGAAGCCGCUGAGCCUGAACCCCAUCACCUGGCAGGUGCCACGGAUUGUGGACAGGUGCUGCACUCACCUUGAGACACACGGGCUCCAAACUGUUGGCAUCUUCCGUGUCGGGAGCUCCAAGAAAAGAGUCCAGCAGCUGAGGGAAGAGUUUGACCGAGGGCUGGAUGUUUUCUUGGAUGAGCAUCAAAGUGUUCAUGAUGUGGCUGCCCUGCUGAAAGAGUUUUUCCGGGAUAUGCCCAAUUCCCUGAUUCCCAGAGAGCUCUAUGGAGCCUUCCUCAGCACAGCCAGCCUGGAGGGGCAGGCCCAGCUGGACACGCUGCAGCUGCUGCUGUUCCUGCUGCCCCCGUGCCACAGUGACACCCUGCUGCGGCUCCUGCGCUUCCUGGCCGAGGUGGCCCGGCACGCCGAGAGCUCCUGGGACCCCCAGGGCCGCCAGAUCCCUGGGAAUAAAAUGACAGUGUCAAACCUGGCUACAGUCUUUGGUCCCAACAUCCUGCAGAAGGAGAAGCCUGGAGAGAAAGAUGUCGGUGCCCUGAACUUUGAGGACAGUGCUGCCAUAAUCCUGGUGCUCCAGAGGCUGAUUGAGCACCACCACUCCCUGUUCAUGGUGUCUCCAGAGAUGCAGUGUGACGUGCUGAGGAGGCUGUUCCAGACAGACCCCGAUGUCAUCGAGUACCUGCUGCGCAGGAAGUUCCCUGAUGUGCCGAGCCCAGAGCGUGAGGAUCCCAGGGAGGAGCUCGCUCCGUCCGCACUGCCUGGCUGGACACACAGCCUGGAGCAAGGCUCGGUCUCCUCGGAGCUGUACAGCAACGUCUCCUUCCUAAACCUGGAUGUUGGCAUCUAGCGAGCCCUGGCCAGGCUCUCUGGACAAAACCAGGCAGCUUUUUCCACAAAACCCAGCCCUUGCCUCACUUUGGGAGCAGCCCCUGUGCCUGUGCCCUGGGGGCAGAGCUGUACUCGGGGGUCUUCUGCCAGGCUGGCACCUCCCUGCGGGUCCAACCGCUGCCACGUCCUCAGCACAGCCCUGCCCUGCACCUCCUCCUCACAGCACCCUGGGCAAUGGAUGGCCAUCUCUAGACCUGGGGGCACUCUUGGGAGAACAGGCUGAGGAAGCUGGGACUGCUCAGCCUGGAGAAGAGAUGGCUCAGAGGGACCUUAUCCAUGUAUCCAAAUGCUUUUGUAAGGGCCUGGAGGGACAGGACAAGGAGAAUGGCUUCCCAUUGCCAGAGGGAGAAAUUGGGAUAUUCAUGGGAUAUUCAGAGAAAUUCUUCCCUGUGAGGGCGGUGAGGCCCUGGCACAGGCAGGGACACCUUCCACUGCACCAGGCUGCUCCAAACCCCAUCCAGCCUGGCCUUCUGGCCUUGAACUUUUCCAGGGAUGGGGCAGCCACAGCAGGGCACUUUUAGGGACAAAAGAGUACUUCUGCAAACAGUAUUCCAUACUCCACCACAGCCUGCACCCAGUCCUGGUCUGAAGGCACCCAGACCUUCUCAGGUGCCCUGCUCAGGGCUGGGCUCUUUUUUUGCAAAGGUCCUUUCCCUACAGAUAGAACAGUUGGGAUGGGUGGGGAAGCAUUUCCCACAGGAGCCUGUGCUGUGAGAUAGCUGGUGAGACCCCCUAGGAGCUGAUAAGCUCCAGAGGGCAGCAGAGCUGUUGUGUCUGGAGGAGCAGAUAAAUUUGGGACACCAUGAGGCAGUGAAAGGUUCCAGAGGCCAUGGGAACACUCGAAUGUCAGCUGUGAAACCAACAUUGUGUCCAGCCACUGCUUUGGGUGGGAUUGCACCUGCUGCAAGAGCAGCCCCCAGCCUUUCAAAUUCCUUCCUAGGGUGGUAAAACACUGGCACAGGUCAUCCAGAGCAGCUGUGGCUGCCCCCUGGAUCCCUGGAAGUGUCCAAGGCCAGGUUGGAUGUGGCUUGGAGCAGCCUGGGAUAGGGAAAGGUGUCCUUGCCCAUGGCAGGGGGUGGAGUGGGAUGGACUUUAAGGUCCCUUCCCACCCAAGCCAUUCUGUUAUUCCAUGAUUCUAGGAUGGAACAGGGAUGCUGACACGGGAGGCAGCUCUUUGCAGGAAAAGUCCUGCUGGAUUUCACUUUCCCAGCACCAUAACGGGGGCAGGGGGGCACGGGGAGCUCACCGGGAAGCACCAGCUUUCUCUGACUACUAGAGAGCCAUCAAAGCCGCCGGUAGGGUGUUUAUCCCUGGCAGUGUUGAUGCGAUAUUGCUGGAAACUCCGCUUGAGGGCAGCCCGGCACCGGCCCGGCCCCGGCCCCAUGCGGCUGCACGGAGCCUCUGCCGGAGCGCACGGGGCUGGCCCGGCGCUGCUCCAUUCCAGCCUCACGAAAUAAAACCCCUCCCCAGCCAGUGCACGUCUCAUUCAUGGAGCCUUGGCGUUGCUCUGGAGGGGCUGGCUGGCUUUUGCUCCAGGUUCUGUUUUCAGGGGCUCUUUGUCCCUGCAAGCCUUGGGGGUCACCUCAGAAAUGAUAGGGAAGGUUCUGCCUUGAUCCUUCCUGAUCCCCAGUGCUGGCACAGGAGGGGUUGCUGCUGUUGGGGGUCUCUUCUUGAGGCAGGGUGUUUGCUUUUGGGGCAGUGGGGAA